GCCGAGAGUCUGUCGCACACACCCCCCUCCGCCCCGCGCGCGUGCAGUUCCAAGCUGACUACGCCUCCGCUCCGAGCCCGCCGGGCUGCGCGGGUUCCGACUCCGAAAGGGGUCUGGGGUCCCUGAUGGCCGCGCCAGGGUCUAGGAGGCCAAACGCGUAAGCUGACCGGCGUCAUGGAGGCAGAGCAGCGGCCAACGACGGGGGCCGGCAACGGGGCGACCCCCGGGCUGGAGACAACUCCUCCUGCUGCCCCCGCGCCUGCGACCGCGGCCUCAGGUCCGAUCCCUGGGUCCGCAACCGGACCCGAGCCCAAGAGGAGGCAGUUCGGGACGCUGCUACAGCCCACGGUCAACAAGUUCUCCCUUCGCGUGUUUGGAAGCCACAAAGCAGUGGAAAUCGAGCAGGAACGAGUCAAGUCAGCGGGGGCCUGGAUCAUCCACCCCUACAGCGACUUCCGGUUUUACUGGGACCUGAUCAUGCUCCUGCUGAUGGUGGGGAAUCUCAUUGUUCUGCCCGUGGGCAUCACCUUCUUCAAGGAGGAGAACUCCCCGCCUUGGAUCGUCUUCAACGUCCUGUCUGACACUUUCUUCCUGCUGGAUCUCGUUCUCAACUUCCGCACGGGCAUCGUGGUAGAGGAGGGCGCUGAAAUCCUGCUGGCACCCAGAGCCAUCCGCACGCGCUACCUGCGCACCUGGUUCCUGGUUGACCUCAUCUCCUCUAUACCUGUGGAUUACAUCUUCCUAGUGGUGGAGCUGGAGCCACGAUUGGACGCCGAGGUCUACAAAACUGCGCGGGCCCUGCGCAUUGUGCGCUUCACCAAGAUUCUCAGCCUUCUGCGGCUGCUCCGCCUCUCCCGCCUCAUCCGCUACAUACACCAGUGGGAGGAGAUCUUUCACAUGACCUAUGACCUGGCCAGUGCUGUGGUUCGCAUCUUCAACCUCAUCGGGAUGAUGCUGCUGCUUUGUCACUGGGAUGGCUGUCUGCAGUUCCUGGUCCCCAUGCUGCAGGACUUCCCUCCUGACUGCUGGGUCUCCAUCAACCACAUGGUGAACCACUCGUGGGGCCGCCAGUAUUCCCACGCCCUCUUCAAGGCCAUGAGCCACAUGCUGUGCAUUGGCUACGGGCAGCAGGCACCUGUUGGCAUGCCCGACGUCUGGCUCACCAUGCUCAGCAUGAUCGUGGGUGCCACGUGCUAUGCCAUGUUCAUCGGCCACGCCACCGCCCUCAUCCAGUCCCUGGACUCUUCCCGGCGCCAGUACCAGGAGAAGUACAAGCAGGUGGAGCAGUACAUGUCCUUCCACAAGCUGCCGGCUGACACACGGCAGCGCAUCCAUGAGUACUAUGAACACCGCUAUCAAGGCAAGAUGUUUGAUGAGGAAAGCAUCCUAGGAGAGCUGAGCGAGCCGCUUCGGGAGGAGAUUAUUAACUUCACCUGCCGGGGCCUGGUGGCCCACAUGCCACUGUUUGCCCACGCCGACCCCAGCUUCGUCACAGCGGUGCUCACCAAGCUGCGCUUUGAGGUCUUCCAGCCGGGGGACCUCGUGGUGCGUGAGGGCUCUGUGGGCAGGAAGAUGUACUUCAUCCAGCACGGGCUGCUCAGUGUGCUGGCACGUGGCGCCCGGGACACCCGCCUCACUGAUGGAUCCUACUUUGGGGAGAUCUGUCUGCUGACUCGGGGCCGCCGCACGGCCAGCGUGCGGGCUGACACCUACUGCCGCCUCUACUCGCUCAGCGUGGAUCAUUUCAACGCUGUGCUCGAGGAGUUCCCCAUGAUGCGCCGGGCCUUCGAGACUGUGGCCAUGGACCGGCUGCGCCGCAUCGGCAAGAAGAAUUCCAUACUGCAGCGGAAGCGCUCUGAGCCAAGUCCAGGCAGCAGUGGGGGCAUCAUGGAGCAGCACCUGGUGCAGCAGGACAGGGACAUGGCUCGGGGUGUUCGGGGUCUGGCCCCAGGCACAGGAGCUCGGCUCAGUGGAAAACCAGUGCUAUGGGAGCCGCUGGUGCACGCACCCUUGCAGGCAGCCGCAGUGACCUCCAACGUGGCCAUUGCCCUGACUCACCAGCGAGGCCCUCUGCCCCUCUCGCCCGACUCUCCAGCCACCCUCCUUGCUCGCUCUGCUCGUCGCUCAGCAGGUUCCCCUGCCUCCCCACUGGUGCCUGUCCGAGCGGGCCCUUUGCUCGCCCGGGGGCCGUGGGCAUCCACCUCCCGCCUUCCUGCCCCCCCUGCCCGAACCCUCCAUGCCAGCCUCUCUCGGGCAGGGCGUUCCCAGGUUUCUCUGCUGGGCCCCCCACCAGGAGGAGGUGGACGACGACUAGGACCUCGGGGCCGCCCACUCUCAGCCUCCCAACCUUCUCUGCCUCAGCGGGCAGCAGGUGAUGGCUCUCCUGGGCGUAAGGGAUCGGGAAGUGAACGUCUGCCCUCAGGGCUCCUGGCCAAGUCUCCAGGGGCAGCCCAGGCCCCCAGGCCAUCAGUGCCUGAGCCAGCCACCUCCCGGGGUCCCCAGCUCUCUGCCAACAUGUGAAGCCCUUGGGUAGGCUCUCAGGUGUAGUAACGUGUGCCUGAGGGUGGAAGCCUCCUGGCGAGGGCCAAGGGGACCUGGAACACUGCCCUACGGGAAUAUCCCCCCACCUACCAAGAUGUUCUGUGUCUGCUCAGGCACCCUGCGGCCCGACAUCCUCCUAGUCCAUUCACUCAUUCAUCAAAUGUACUGAGCGUCUAUCACAUUCAAGGCACUGUGCCAGGCGCUGUAGGUCUCCACUGCCAAGUAGAAGCAACUCCCAGCCCUCUGACAAGGGUAUUGUCCUGGCCAUGGUCCUGCCAGGUGCAGGCUCAGGCCUGUGAUCCCCCUGACUAAGCACAAGCACUUGCCAUCACUGCCAAGUACUAGGUGUCUCCCUUUCCCUGCCCAUGACCCUGCAGGUCUGCCUGGUGUGGUCAUCGUCCUGGCCCCCUAACUGAGCCAGGCACUGCCAGUUACCUGCACCUCCACUGUUGUCAGCAAAUGUCUUGGGUCCCCGGUGUGGGCGCGGGCACCUUCGCUGCCAUGUGUGGACCCUUUCUGCCUGUACCCCCCAAGUGGGAAUACGCGUCUCCUGUCAAGUUCCCUGCAGUCUCUGUCUCUGUGGUAGACUGUCUUUUUGUAAACUAGGAGCCACUUCUUC